UUGUGACUGUGUUUGUUUUCUUCAGUCUUCAGUUUUUCUCUCAUUGAUCAGCAGCUUGUAGUCGACCUUUUACUAACUGAUCACAUGGUGAAGUGAACCGUCCAUCAGGAGAGAGCUUUCCCGUGUUUCCAUGGUAACCAGUGUGUCACCUUACUGGUCUGUUUCACUGACUUCUGGACUCUGAAGGACAUCAAGAGGAGAAACAGCACAGCGCCAUCUGCUGGAAGACGAGUGAUCAUGUUCACCUGUACUAACUAGACUUCGCGAUCCACACUACUGACCAGCUGGUGGCGGUAACGCGCCAAUUAUUGACUUUACACCGCCGAUAACGUUAGAAGAAGAAGAAGAAGAAGAAGAUGACGAAGACGACGACGAGUGGUCAGAAAGUCACCAGAGUUUCACUUUAACAUCUUUAAAGUGUUCAGAGAGCUCAGGUUGGUGUGAAGGUCUGAAGGUGUGGACUCUGCUAUGAAUCAGGGUGAGGACCCAGAGGACGGAGUCCGUCCCUCUGAACCUCCUCUGUGUGGAGAACAUGACAGACAGACCAAAGCUCAGAGGAUCCAUAAGAGACCAGGUCCUGGAUCUGGACCUGAACCCAGCUGUGUGUCCAUGAAGAGUAACUGGUCUAUGAAUCCUCCUUUACGAUUCAAAGAUGAACACGGUUCUUAUGACCCAGAUUCACAUCCGCAGAGAGGAAAGUCUCCUGAACCAGGCUGUGUGUCCACGAAGAGUAACUGGUCUAUGAAUCCUCCUUUACGAUUCAAAGAUGAACACCGUUCUUAUGACCCAGAUUCACAUCAGCAGAGCGGAUCUGGACCCAGCUGUGUGUCCAUGAAGAGUUAUCAGUCUAAAGAUUUGCCGAUCAACUUCAAAGAUGGACGCCCUUCUUAUGACCCACGAGAGGACCAGGAGAGCUCAGAUGUUCCCACAGGUGCGUCUUCCCAGCAGCAUCAAACACACCUGGACUCCAUCUUCAUGCUGCUGGAGGAGAACAUCCUCACUUUUGUGAAGAACGAGCUGAAGAAGAUCCAGAAGGUCGUGAGCUCAGAUUACCCAGAAUGCUUGGAGAAGGAGGAUGAAGAGGUGCUGGAUGAAGAGCAGAGGAGGAGCAGAGAGGCAUUUGUGAAGAUCUCAGUGCACUUCCUGAGGAGAAUGAAGCAGGAGGAGCUGGCUGAGCGUCUGCAGAGCAGACUUCAUGCUCCAGUUUGUCAGCGUGAACUCAAAUCCAACCUGAAGAAGAAGUUCCAGUGUGUGUUUGAGGGGAUCGCUAAAGCAGGAAACCCAACCCUUCUGAAUGAGAUCUACACAGAGCUCUACAUCACAGAGGGAGGGACUGCAGAGGUCAAUAAAGAACAUGAGGUCAGACAGAUUGAAACAGCAUCCAGAAGACCAGCCAGACAAGAAACAACCAUCAGACAAGAAGACCUCCUCAAAGCCUCAGCUGGAGGAGAGGAACCAAUCAGAACCGUGAUGACUAAGGGAGUGGCUGGCAUUGGGAAAACAGUCUUAACACAGAAGUUCACUCUGGACUGGGCUGAAGACAAAGACCACCAGGACAUACAGUUCACAUUUCCAUUCACCUUCAGAGAGCUGAAUGUGCUGAGAGAGAAGAAGUUCAGCUUGGUGGGACUUGUUCAUCACUUCUUCAGUGAAACCAGAGCUGCAGGAAUCUGCAGGUUUGAAGAGUUCCAGGUUCUACUCAUCUUUGACGGUCUGGAUGAGUGUCGACUUCCUCUGGACUUCCUCAACAACGAGGUCCUGACUGAUGUCACAAAGUCGGCCUCAGUGGGUGUGCUCCUCACAAACCUCAUCAGGGGGAAGCUGCUUCCCUCUGCUCGCCUCUGGAUCACCACACGACCUGCAGCAGCCAAUCAGAUCCCUCCUGAGUGUGUCGGCAUGGUGACAGAGGUCAGAGGGUUCACCGGCCCCCAGAAGGAGGAGUACUUCAGGAAGAGGUUCAGAGAUGAGGAGCAGGCCAGCAGGAUCAUCUCUCACAUCAAGACCUCACGAAGCCUCCACAUCAUGUGCCACAUCCCAGUCUUCUGCUGGAUCACUGCUACAGUUCUGGAGGAGGUCUUGAAGACCAGAGAGGGAGGAGAGCUGCCCACGACGCUGACUGAGAUGUACAUCCACUUCCUGGUGGUUCAGUCCAAAGUGAAGAAGGUCAAGUACGACGGAGGAGCUGAGACGGAUCCUCACUGGAGUCCAGAGAGCAGGAAGAUGAUCGAGUCUCUGGGAAAACUGGCCUUUGAUCAGCUGCAGAAAGGCAACCUGAUCUUCUAUGAAUCCGACCUGACAGAGUGUCGCAUCGAUAUCAGAGCAGCCUCGGUGUACUCAGGAGUGUUCACUCAGAUCUUCAGAGAGGAGAGCGGACUGUACCAGGACAAGGUGUUCUGCUUCGUCCAUCUGAGUGUUCAGGAGUUUCUGGCUGCUCUUCAUGUCCAUCUGACCUUCUUCAGCUCUGGUGUCAAUCUGCUGACAGAAGAACAAACAACCUCCCGACGGUCUAAACGCUUUAGAGACAAACCUAAACCAAUGCGUCUCUACCAGAAAGCUGUGGACAAGGCCUUACAGAGUCCUAAUGGACACCUGGACUUGUUCCUCCGCUUCCUCCUGGGUCUUUCCCUGAAAAUCAAUCAGACUCUCCUGCGAGGUCUGCUUACACAGACAGGAAGUCACUCACAGACCAAUCAGAGAACAGUCCAGUACAUCAAGGAGAAGAUCAGUAAGAAUGUGUCUCCAGAGAAAAGCAUCAAUCUGUUCCAUUGUCUGAAUGAACUGAAUGAUGCUUCUCUAGUGGAGAAGAUCCAACAGUCCCUUAGUUCAGGACGUCUCUCCACAGAAGAACUGUCUCCUGCUCAGUGGUCAGCUCUGGUCUUCAUCUUACUGUCAUCAGGAGAAGAUCUGGAGGUGUUUGACCUGAAUAAGUACUCUGCUUCAGAGGAGGCUCUUCUGAGGCUGCUGCCGGUGGUCAAAGCCUCCAACAAAGUUCUACUGAGCGGCUGUAACCUCUCAGAGAGAAGCUGUGACGUUCUGUCCUCAGUCCUCAGCUCUCAGUCCUCCAGUCUGAGAGAUCUGGAUCUGAGUAACAACCACCUGCAGGAUUCAGGAGUGAAGAUCUUGUCUGCUGGACUGAAGAGUCCACACUGUGACCUGGAGACUCUCAGGCUGUCAGGCUGUCUGAUCACAGAAGAAGGCUGUUCUUCUCUGGCCUCGGCUCUGAGCUCCAACCCCUCCCAUCUGAGAGAGCUGGACCUGAGCUACAAUCAUCCAGGAGACUCAGGAGUCACGCUGCUGUCUGCUGGACUGGAGGAUCCACACUGGAGACUGGAGACUCUCAGGGUGGAGCCUGAUGGAGUCCGAUGGUUGACACCAGGUCUGAGGAAGUAUUCCUGUGAACUCACAAUCGACACAAACACAGUAAACAAACAACUCAAACUGUCUGACAACAACAGGAAGGUGACAUGUGUGGAGGAGGAUCAGUCGUAUCCUGAUCAUCCAGACAGAUUUGACAUCAGGGCUCAGCUGCUGUGUAGAACUGGUCUGACUGGUCGCUGUUACUGGGAGGUCGAGUGGAGAGGAGACGUUACUGUAUCAGUGAGUUACAGAGGAAUCAAGAGGAAAGGAAACAGUGGAGACUGUUUGUUUGGAAGAAGUGAUCAGUCCUGGAGUCUGAAAUGCCGUCAUGAAGGUUACUCUGUCUGUCACAAUAAGACAGAAACAUUCAUCACCUCCUCCUCCUCCUCCUCUGCUGGUAGAGUAGCAGUGUAUGUGGACUGUCCUGCUGGCUCUCUGUCCUUCUACAGAGUCUCCUCUGACACACUGAUCCACCUCCACACCUUCAGCACCACAUUCACUGAACCUCUUUAUCCUGGGUUCUGGUUCCGUUCUGGUUCCUCAGUGUCUCUGUGUUCUCUGCAGGAGGGAGAGUCUCCUCCUGCUGGAGAACCUUCCUCUCUGCUCACCAUGAGAUUCAGUCUGUAAAUGAUGUCGCACAGGUUUGUGUAGAUGCAGGUGAGGGGUACCUGAGCUGGUCUGGACUCUGGGGGUCCACAGCUCUCUGGGACUUGUGGUGUUGCAGAUGGAAGUCUGAAUAAGAUGAAAUAUGAACGUGUAAUUAUUUUUGAGCCGAUUUUAAAUUAAUUGAAAUCCAGUACCUUUUGAAAGCUUCAGCCAACCUGUGAAGAAAUGUUUAAUGAAUCAAGUACUUAGUAUACUUAGUUAGUAUAAUAGUACAACGUUGAUACCCUCCAUGUAUUACUUUAGGUUAACAGGAAUAUGUUUAUAAAUGACUUGGCGGAGAGGGAUGUACUCCAAACAUGUAUCAGAUUGAAUAUAAUAAAGACAAAAUAACACCAACAA